AUGAACCACCACAACUACCAGUCCGACAUUGCCGCAGAUAGACAACUAUACCAACUCCCAGUAAUUAUUCAAGCAGCACCUCUGCCAGUUCAACCCAUCUACUACAACGGCAUCCAGGUUUGCCAAUAUUCUACCCUCACCCAGGUAGACAUUAACGGCUAUAUCAUGCCCAUCCACCCUGAUUUCGGCCCAUUUCCGCUCCCCAACGAUCAUCCCGCUGUCCCUUAUCCAGCUGAGGAGGGUAUGCAAUGGAUUGGGUAUCUUGCGCCUGAUCCUGAAAAUCCUAUCUUGAUGGACACUCAGGCAUAUUGUAUGAAUCCAUACGACAUCAAUUAUCCACUUGGUCAGACUUCUUUUUAUCCACCCCCUGCCCUUCCUGCUGAUGGAUUUCCUCCUUUCGCUAUGCCUCGUCAACUAGAGUACCAACAGUCCGCUUACUUCAACCCCCCUUCUCCUCCUCUCACCGGCUGUCUCUCCGGCAGUCUUCCCGACCUACAGAAUAGCACUCUCAACAACGGUACCGGUUUAAAUGACCCACCUAUCGCCGAUCCAACAGCUGAACUAGUAGUGAAAGGGUAUCUGGAUGAGAAUAUUAUAGCAGCGAUGGAAAACCGAAGAUCUCUACUGCAUUGGAGUGCGAUUCCUCAUCCGCCGGAGUUGACGGAUGAGUAUUGUGAGGAGGUUAGGAUGGAGCUUGAGAGAUUGAGACCGAUUUGGCAGAGGGAGAUGGAGGCUGGGGUUCCGUUGAGUCAGCCUGGUGGUAUUUAUGAUGGGGGAGAGGUUGGAGGUGUUGUGAAUGGAGCUAGUAAUGAGGAGGUUGAGGAGCUGGAUGGGGGUAUGGAGGGGAUUGAUGAGACGGAGGAGGAUGAUAUGGAUUAUGAUGAUUGA